AUGCUCGUGCCUAGCUUAAAAGGCAUCACGAUUACGGCCGAGCCUACUCGCAUCAUCAUCGAUGGCCAAACCCUUACUAGCCUUGACCCAACCGCAACCACCAGGAUUACGGUUGGCAAGGGCGUUUAUGAAAUUAACCCCAGCCAGAUUAUCCAGUUUGGAGGCAAAACGAUCGAUAGGGGAGUUGGGCGAGGCAUCUACGUGGCUACGCCCACUACAACCGUUAUCGAUGGCCUCCCCGUUACCGUUUCCGGUAAUUCGGCUGUCAUUGGUGGAUACACUUAUACCAUUGGAAGGACACCCGAGACUCAGGUGGUGUUAGGUCGGACUGUCAUCAUUGGGCCCACCGCAUUAACUUUCAAGAACUCUGACGCGACCCUCACAUACGACGGCCGGAUACCGGAGCAGACGGGAGUUAUCGUGGCAGGCGGAGAGUUGAUGACGGCGAUAGGCAAGUCGGUCGUCGUUCUGGUACAGACCACAAUCACCUACGGUCCCAGUAUCGUACCACAAACGGAGACCAUCGACGACGAUACCACCAAGUAUGACAUUGUCGGCGGCGCGACGCUCACCCAAGUUGGCGCAUCCCGAGUCGUCAUUCGGGAAGCAACGUAUACGGUCGGUCCCGGUACGGGUACGACGACAACGUUUGUCGGCGGCGAGAAUGUGACCGUUGCCCCCGAUGGUAUCACGGUGGCUACCUUGACGAUACCGUAUCCGUUUGGACCGACGAUUGUAACGAUGCUGCCGGAACCAAGCGAAGCGGCGCCCAUCGAAGGAGACGACGACGAAGACGCCGGGUCCCCUGUCAGGCCGGACUGGGCAGCGGGCAUCACUGCAUUAAGCAUCGCGAUUGGCGUUUGGGUUAUUGGUUUCGUCAUUUGA